GUGAAGAUGACAAUAUAAAGACAUCAGGUAGUAGCGAGAGUGGUGGAGAGUCCCUGCAUAGAUGUCUGACAUGCUUGGGAGAUCUCACUCGUUACAUGUUGGAUUUACCUUCUUCACCACCUCAUUCACUGUCUGUACGCUAUUAUCUUCAGGCUCUCCAUUACCAACCAGACAGUGGAUUACACAGUAAUUUAGCAACUGUAUACUCAACAAAUGAUCAACCUCUGCUUGCAGUUGCACAUUAUCUUCGAGCACUAACUUGUGAAAAAACUUUUGAAGGAGCUGAAGGUAACCUGAAGAGACUAUUAGAUAAGAGUCGUGCCAUAUAUGAGAGCGGAACAGAAAUAAGAGAAGUUGAUAGUACACCCACUUACCACCACAAAAUGUUCUUACACACUGUGUUAACACUUGUUUCACAUCUGAUAAACAAUCGCAACUCUGAAGAGGUAGCAAGAUUGUGUCAAGAUGUGCUUGUUCAGCUAGGAAAAGUGUUAGAAGCCGAUGAUGAUGCUGACAAUGAGGUAUCUGAGACUUCCCCCACACCGGGUUCUCCACCUAAUGGGCAUCUCCAAACUGCAACAUUGAAUGGUCAAGAUUUGCCUGAAGAGACCCCAGAGAAGAAAGUGAUCCCUUUCAGCCUAACCCCUGAAGCAAUGGUGGCUGUGUGUGCAGUGUUGUGUAUUUGUACCCAAAGGCUCAAGAAACAAGGUUUAUCCCAUACAAGCAUGGCACAAGCUCUUCUAGUAUCUGUGUUAUUGACAUUAAUUACUCACGUAACAAGUCGACUAGAACAACGCAUUUCCCUUGUUGACCCUUCUUUCCUAACUAGACUGCUGCCAGAACAAGAGAAGGUGGAAGAAACUGAAGAUAAGAAUUGUGAUUCCAAGGAUAUGAAGGAUGGAAAAGGAAUGGCUGAUUCAUUAGUAGACAGUAAUAGUGGCAAGAAAAAGAUGAAAAAUAAACGUAACAACAGCUUCAAACUGCGCAGGAGACGCAGAUCGAGUGGUGAAGGCCUCAGCAUAAGCGAUGAAGAUGAAAGUGACUCGGAAGGUUCAGAAAAUGAUGAUAAAGGAGACAAAGAUGAUGAUGAAAUGAUUUCUAGUGAUGAAGAGGAGGAAGAGGAGGAGUUAGACUUUUCUCAGCUGUGUUGUUCAGAAGAUGACGAUGAUGAUGACACAGAUGAGGAUGUGAAAAUUGAAUCUGAUCAGUGGGAAGGUCUCACUGCUGGGGAACACCUUCAGCUUAUUGGUCAAGAAGGAAUGUUGGCAGCGGUGUUUGUUGCUUGUGAUUGGUUGAAACGUGAAGAUGAAGUGAUUCAUUUGCCAUGCACAAAACUGGCAGAUUCAAUGUGGACAGCUACUGCCAAACUUCUAAACCUCUUAAGAGUUGAUUUAGAUCACCUAAGGAAUUAUUCACAGGGUGUUCGUGAAGAAGUGAUUGAUAUAGUUCAACAUUCAGUUGAAGGAAAGACCAAGUGUCCAGAUACUAUGGUGGAGUGCAUGGAAAGUACACCAUUACCAGAAGAUCUCCUACUACAUACACUGAUUCCUACUUACCAUGCCAGCACACACAUGUCUCUAAAUUUGAAGUCUUCAGAAUUGGUACUCCUCCGAGUAGAAAGGCUCUGCAAGUUAGGGAAAGAGAUGAGUGCUCGAUCAGACACUCCUUUGUGGUGUGAUGAUGCUGGUGUAUAUAGGUUUUCCAUGGAAGGAGUUGAUAAUGAAAAAAUCAAGAACAAAGAAAAUGAUCAGGAAGGAACAAGUCGUGAAUCCUCAGCUUCACCAACAGAAGAAGAGUUACUGUCUGUUCCUCCAGCAAAGAAAGAAUCUAGACGUUUGGCUGGUAUGCAGUCUCUUACUGCUCAAUGGUUGCAGCAUGAGGUGCGGAACUUGGAAGAACGUACAGCCCGCAGAGCUACUCUUGGGUUGUAUCUGGUACCAGAUGCUACAGUUCUCAUAAACCACCUGACUGCUAUUAAGAUGUUGCUCUCAAAACCUACCCAUAUGAUUAUCAUUCCUCAAACAGUCAUUGACCUGUUGGAUCAGCAAAAAAGGGAAAGCCUUGGUGCUCGAGAUGCCAUUCGUUGGCUGGAGAUAAAAUUUCGCCAUGGGUCAAGAUUUAUAAGAUCUCAACGCCCUCACGAACGUACUCACUUACCACUUAUCAAAUAUCCUAAACGUAAAGAUAAGGAGGCAUGGGAAUGGUAUCAAAUUUUAGAAUGUUGCCAUUACUUAAGUGCUCAAGUACAACAGAAUUCAAAUGUCAAGUCUGCAACCGUUACCCUCCUGACAGGAGAAAGCCAGACUCCAACCACUAACUUCUCCCAUUCAGGUCUUGCUAAUGCUGCUGGUGCAGUUUUAGAAAACAUUGAGGAGUUUAUGCGUAAGUGGCAAAAUUCUACGAAAGGGCAUAGUUGAAGUUUACAGUUGAAAUGAAAGGACGACUCCUAAUUCAGUCACCCCCUGAAUGUUCCACAUCAAUAUAAAAAAAAAAAGCCCUGGGCGCACUUCAUUGGCUUAUGCGUCUACCAGCGCCUCCUGUUCAGUCGUUUCAAGUGUAUGAAUUGACAGUGUGCAUGACAGGAAACCACACACUAUCUACAGCUCAGUGGCAGUGAAGAUGGAGAACUAUCUUACUGGUCAUGAAGGGACUGGACAAGCCAGCAGUCAUGGAUUGUGUGGUAUAGCCUAGUCCUCAACUAGAGCUGUGAAUGUGUGUGUAUUGGAAGGGAAAGAUGGGGCUUUCUCCACCCCCAAAAGGAUCUUUAACAUCAAAAAAUAAAAAAAUAAUUUAUUUUUUAUCUUGAAUCUUGAAACAUUUUUGUUUUUCUCUACAAUAAUUCAAAUAUCUGACAUGUAAACUCAUGUUUACACAACAUUUUUGGACUAAGAUUUAAGAUAUAGGUAGGACUUUAUGCUCUAGCAGACUUUAUCAUAACCUGUUUUUGUUUUUGUUAUCUUCAUACUAGCGGUGGUAGCUUUUGAAAUUAAACUCAUAAGAGCCACAGGUGGACAGUAUGAUCCAAGUUUCUAUUCACUGGGAACAUUGACAUAACUCCACAAUAUUCCAAAGUAAGUUCAAUUUGGAAAUGUUUGAUUAUGGUUUAAUUUACUUCAAAUUCUCCUUAAAAUUAUUUAAAUUUUUAUGUUCUGCAUAACUAAAACAGGGGUCAUCAUAAAGAUUUUUCAGCAAAAUUUAACUUUGUAAACUAUUUUACCAGGAGUACAUAAUAAAGCAAGCAUGUGUGCA